CAGAAAAUACAGACUUUACCACUAUCGAUCAUUGCCAUGAUGCUGUGGUUGAAAAUUUAUCCCAGUUAAGAAUAACUGUGUACAUCGUUUUCGUGUCUAAUAUUCGUAGCUCCGAUACAUUUAGAAUAUGAAUAACAGAAAAGAUGAGAAUUUGUUUGCCCGACUUCGUCGAAUAGCAAUAGAUGUGAAGAAACAAAGUGUGGAGUUACAAGCAAUCAUAGAAAAACCAUGUUCAGAAAGGGAUUCAUCUAAUGUAUCAGCAGAACUGACACUCAGAGAUAUGCUGAAGGAAGUAAAGAAUAUUAAUAACGAUCUGAGAUGCAAAAUAAUUGAAUUGAGAGAUGACGAAGUUUCAUUCGAUAACAUCCUAGCAGCGAGUAAAGUAAUGUAUCAUUAUCUUCAAAACAAUUACCAUCAAACAGAGUCUUUUUUACAUCAGUAUGGGUAUAAGCAAAGGAAAAAGUCAGAACCCAGAAACAAAUCUCAAGUAGAAGAUUCAGAAGAAGACAAAGAAAACGAAAAACCCUCUGCACAAAGCCAGAUACACAAGAAUAGUGUUGUUGAAGUGCAUCAAGAAACUAAGGUGUUUCAGACUCCUCCAAGAAGUCAAAUUCCAGAGAAAGAUGAGCUUUGCACACCAAAACUUGAAGAUUUUGGUCUGAGCAGGACAACUCUGACCCAAUUAGCAAGAAUGAAAAAUCCUGAUCUUCGUAGUCCUGUCAAUGAUAAUUCUGAUGUUCAUGCUAGGAUUCAUAAUGACGAUAAUGCUCCAAUGUCACUUCCCCUUGAUGACACCACUGUGACUAUCAGUGAUUGCCCUCCCAUAGUUACUGCUUCUAAUGUUCAUCAUGAAACCCAGAGGAUAUGUGGAACUCCAAGAAACCAAAUCCUGAAAGAAGAUAAGCUCUCCACUCCUAAAUUAGAAGAUUUUGGUUUUAGUCGAGAGGCUCUAGAUCUUAUAUCUGGGAAGGAAGUCCCUGCAGUUUACAACACCCCUGCAAUGACCAGUCAUGUAAAUGUUGUCAAUCAUGACAUGCAACAACAACCACGAUUUUAUACCGAUGUUGACCAGCAUCAAUACACUCAGCAUAAACCUCCUGAUGAUUUAGAACACAGUGGUAUUCUGAUGACACCUGGGCUUUGGGGAGGAAAGCAUACCCCAACAGAAACACCAGAGCCAUCACAAAGAGGUCACAGUAACAAUUUGGAUUCCCAUAAAGAACUUCUCAUGCUUACACCCGGUUUGUUAAAGAUUUCUGGAGUUAAGAGAGGAAAGGAUAAAAUGAAAUCAAAGAGUGCAUUAGGAAAAUUAUCAGCAAAACCAUCAAAUGAUGUAGAGUCACCUGUACCACCAGUGUUUAUGACACCAGGAAUGAAGCAAAUCAAGGGCAAACAAACCCUGCCUCAAUAUCCAUUACAAUCUACAAUCAAUAAAGAAGAGUAUAGGGUGACACCAACUGCACCUGAAUUACAAAGCUAUGCAAUAUCUGCCCCCACUCGUACUCCAUCACCAUUCAUGAUGACAACAGUUGAAGCUGAAGAUGUACCAGAGCCUGAAGCACCAGAAAUCACCACAUGGAUACAGCCUCUCCCACAAGAACCUGAAAGACUAGUCAGAGAAUCCACCUGUGAUUUAGAGCCACCGAAACUUCUCUCUUUUAUUGUGACAAAUGAUCACCAUAACACAAAAGCAUGUACAAGAAUUCCACAAUCAAUUGCAGUUGGCAAACACAAGACUCAAACCGAUGGAAGAUACAUUUCUCCCAUAACUCAACAAGAAUAUGCACAAAUCAAUGAUUAUCUACAAAGAAUAUUAACAUUGCAGCAAUGCAAUGAAGUUGUGAGUAAAAUAAAUGCAUUGGCAUCAAGCAAUGGAUCAGGUGGUCACUACAUCAGGUCAAGAGAACUGGACUUAUUAAAUCUGGGUCCGCAUACCAAUGUACUUGUUCUGUUGUUAGUAAGAUUACAACGAAUUCAUAUGGAGAAGAAGACGCCUACUGGCGAAUCUGCAUAUUAUAUACUGUAGGAACUGUCAUGGAUAUUCUGCAUAACUGCCUGUUUUAAAGGCACUGUAUACAUGAUGUAUAUGCAAAGUUUUUUUAUACCCAAUUUUGAAGGGAAUACCCAUUCAAGUAAUUGUAAGAACUU